UAGAGCAUAACCAACAGUCGACAAGGAAGGUUCAUUGUAAACUGAGAUCGGUGAUUUUAACAUUUAUUCGUUUGGAAAUGUUUAACUUCAAAACAUAUUAACAAAUUGGGAUUUUCUGAUCGUGUAUAUUUUGAAAACGGUGUGUUGAAUUGAUUCAACAGCACCUUCAGUUUCUAGAUCACCCCACAUCGUUGCCAUUCCAUCAGCCGUUGCUACACAUACGACAAGGGAGUGACCGACUGCAAGAACAGGGAGGCUGUAUUUCAGAAACCAGUUCGCUGUAAACUCAGUUAGAAUUCUGAAAGUGUUUCAAAGAUGAAGUACUUCUGUUGGCGAGUUGGACUAUUAACAUUUCUUCUUGUUAUUUCAAGAGUAACAUUUGCUCUGGAAAGCGACAACCCAUGCCCCGACGACAGGUUUCACUGUGGUAACAACAUCUGUAUUUCUAGCGAUUGGAAAUGUGACGGAACGUACGACUGUGUAGAAACUCAUGCUGACGAAGUUGGUUGUGAAUACAGGGCAUGCAAGGCUGAUGAAUUCAACUGUGGAAACAACACAUUAUGUAUACCUAUCAGUUGGAAAUGUGACCAAGAUGCUGACUGCCCAAACAAAAUGGAUGAAACAAAUGAAACUUGUGCAAACCCAUGUAAAGAUGAUGAGUUCAGCUGUGGUGAUGGGAAAUGCAUUCCAAGCUUGUGGGUGUGUGAUGAGAUGAGCGACUGUUCUGAUGGUCGUGAUGAACAGACCUGUACUGCAAAGACUUGUUCCAGUUCAGAGUUCCAAUGUGCAGAUCAUCAAUGUGUUGCUGGAAACUGGCGUUGUGAUGGUGACACAGACUGUAGAGAUGGGAGUGAUGAAAUUGAUUGUGCUGCAGUUGAAGAAUGUACUGGAGACCAUUUCAAAUGCAACAACUCACAAUGUCUGCCUGCAAACUGGCAUUGUGAUGGAGACCAUGAUUGUGAGGAUCACAGUGACGAGUUUCGCUGUGUAAGCCUUGUACCUCAAUGUGAAGUUGAGGAGUGGAGUUGUGCUACUUCAGACCAGUGUAUUCACCUGUCCUGGCGCUGUGAUGGCGACAACGAUUGCUUUGAUGAGUCGGAUGAAGUUAACUGUACCCACACUUGUGCCAGUAAUGAAUUCAAGUGCGAAAACAAUCAAUGUAUCAACAGUGUUUUGAGAUGUGAUGGAGAAAUUGAAUGUGCUGAUGCAUCUGAUGAAGCAAACUGUAAAACUACCUGUGACAAUGCAACUGAAUUUGGCUGCCGUACAGAAAAUGGUUUUGAGUGUCUCCCUGCAGAGAAAGUUUGUGACGGAAAUAUGGACUGUUUGGAUGAUGAAGACGAGUUCAAAUGCACAAUUUCAGAAGGUACCACUGAGUCAUAUGUUGAUCCAUGUCAAGAACAUAAUGGUGGAUGUUCUCAGGUGUGUGUGAAAAUAUUCCGUAAUGGACAUCGUUGUGACUGUUUUGAAGGAUACAAAUUAGUCGGACACAACAUGUGCGAAGAUAACAAUGAGUGUGCUCCUGAGGAUGGCAAACAGAAAAUGUGUUCCCAGGGCUGUGUGAAUCACAAAGGAGGGUACAAGUGCAGUUGUGUUGAAGGAUACACUCUGGAUCCCCAUGGGUUCUGUCGAGUUAAUGGUAUACGACCCCAUUUGUUGGUGGCCAAUCGCUUUGACAUCCGUACAUUACAAGUUGAUACUUGGUGGGAGCAGACUGUACUUGAGGACCUGACCAGUGCUGUAGCUGUAGACUUUGACUAUAAUGAUGGUUUCCUCUUUUGGACCGACAUCACAAAAGAACAGAUCUUCCGUGCCAGAAAAGUGGCCAAUGGUUCUGCCGUUGAUGAGAAAGUUAUUGUCUCUAAUAAUGUAAAGACUCCAGAUGGCAUUGCCGUGGACUGGCUCUACAACCAUGUAUAUUGGACCGAUGCUACAUUUGAUAAAAUUGAAGUGAUGAGCUACGAUGGCCAGAUGCGUAGAAACAUUGUCACGGAAGGUCUGGAUGAACCACGUGCCAUCGUUGUUGAUCCAUUGCAAGGAUGGAUGUACUGGACUGACUGGGGACAGAAGCCAAUGAUUUCUCGUUGUGGACUUAACGGAAAACACCAGAGUGUCAUUGUUGAUCAGGGCAUCGAGUGGCCAAAUGGACUUACAAUUGAUUAUGUUGAUCAGCGCCUGUUCUGGGUUGAUGCCAAGUUAAAGAUGAUCAGGUCUGUUGAUACUGAUGGUAAAUCUGGUUACACGGUUCUUCACAAUGCCCAAAGCAUCAUCCAUCCAUUUGCCAUCACAGUGUUUGAGGAUGACUUGUACUGGACCGACUGGAAAGCAGAGUCCAUCCGUACAGUGAACAAGUUCAGAGGUGACGGAUACCACCAGGUUGCCAUUGGUCUUCACUCUCCUAUGGACAUUCACUUUUACCAUGAAAAAGUGCAGAAGAACGGCAUCAACCAUUGUGGCAGCAAUAAUGGACUGUGUAGUGACUUCUGCUUUCCAUCCCCUCAGGGAAGCAGUGUACCAAAUGAUACUGACAAAGCAAAUGGAUACACCUGUGGUUGUCGCAAUCACUACACUCUCAAUUCCGACCAAAAGACAUGUGUGCUAGAUGUUGUUGACAUAUCAACCCCUACUCCAUCACCUAUACCUACUAGUACUAAGAACACUACUUCUACUGAAUCGCCUAAUAAAGUUCCCGUGUCGAAUGUUACUACUGAGAAACCCAAAGCAACUACUGCCAAACCUAAGCCAACUACCGAGGAACCUGCCCAUUCCACUGCUGCUCCUGAAGUAACUACACAAGAAGGAUACACUGUCAUUGCUCCUACUUCUCGUACAAACAAUACAGACACUGGUACACCCUUCUUACAAGAUGACCAAAAAGUGGGAGUCAUUGCUGGCGUUGUUGUUGGUGUAGUAGCAGUCAUCUUCAUCGUCCUCGGCGUUGUCGGCUUCAUCUUCUACAGACGGUAUACAAACAGAAAUAUAAAGAGCAUGAAUUUUGACAAUCCUGUCUACAGGAAAACAACAGAAGACCACCAAUUCAUCAUUCCAUAUGGCAACAGAGAUAAUCAAAACAGGAGAGACAACAGUAAUAAUCCGGCGUUACAACCUUUAACGAAACACCCAGAAGUUUAAUGAAUGGACAGAAAUAGGGAAACAAAUAUAUAAAUGUGAUCAAAUUGGUUACACAUGUAUGGGAUCGUUGCUUCGUGACAAUUCAAGCAGUAGUUGCAGGAUGGAUUCCACAAAGUCCCAACAAAAACAUGAAAAGUGGCUCGUCAUCGGUUCACGCUUUCUUCAAGGCAGCUAUCUUCUUGUGCAAGAAAUGGCAUUAUAUCAGUUCCAUAAACUGGUAUUCCGAACAAAAAUGCUACUUGAAUGAAUAAAAUCAAAGAAGAAUAAGACUGGAAGCCAACACCACUCUAUCUGUGGUUGAGUACUUCAUCACUUUCUGAUAGAAACACGGUUUGCCACAAAAAUAAAGUGCUGUAACUGAUUACUAUCAGGAAAUCGACGGCGGUUGCAUGCAAGGUAGAUACCUAUCCGGACAGGUUGUUUACGAGCUGUUGUCGGGGCCAACAUCGGAACACCUGGGCGAUGCUCAUCUGUCCUUGAACCACAACAAGGUCUCUGAUUUACAUGACCUUGUGGUUUAACUUUGGAUGCCAAAGAAUCUGAAAUAUAUUCCGUGAAGUUUUUUUUUCCAAGAAGUUAUCAUUCUACACUCUACAGCUGAUCUUAUUUUAUUGUUUUGUUAAAUUUUGGUUAAAAUAUUUUUUUUAACAGUGGAUUAGAACUUGAUCUGGACAGUUGUACUCUGAAGGAAUUUCUCAUCUAUUCAGUUAUUAGAUAACAGAUCUGAAUAAGAGCAUUUAUAAACAUCAGUCCAAAUCUUUUCACAUUGUCUUUUGACAGUUUCUGACUUUAAUAUUUUUAUGAAUGUACAUGAAUUUUUUUAAAUUCCAGUGCUUUUUCUUUUCUCUCUCAUUCUAUCCAUAAUUUCUUGUUAUUAAACAGGCAUUCAAGUUAUAAUAUUCAGAAUUUUACUGAAAUUUAAUGGAAAUCUGUCAAAAUGAAUCAAUAUCACUUUAUCAGUGUUACAUUUCAGUCCCCACCAUCUAGCACUAUCUUUACCCACCAUAAUGAUGUAUGUUUUUGAAAAUAUAAAUCCUGAGUGCUUUAGCAUUUCACUAGGUGCAUUCCUUGUUUAGAGGGGUACUAUUUCUCCUGUCCUCUGUACUAGUGACCUUUCUUGUUGAAUGUUCUGUAGUGGUGUAUGUUGGAGAUUUAUAUUUGUACUACACAUUAUUUAUUCUGGUUACAGAGGAUGUGUUUGACUUUAUUUUGUGCAAUUAUGAAAAGUUAAUUUCUUGUCAUAUUUAUUUAAAUCACUCCGCUUAAUGUUUUUUCAGUUUUGAUUAUACAAAAGCUUCUCAUACUAAGUACUAGUUUGUAAAUGUGAUUAAAAGUACUUUUUUUUCUAUAUGCAUUUGUCCAUGCUAAGUUUUAUUAGUAUUAAAGAGAAAGAUCUGUAAACAUUUACUUUCCUUGUUUUGAUACAUGUAUAGGAAUGAAGCCUUUUGAACAACUGAUUUUCAGCAAAAUGGUAUCUGAUUUGUAUUUUUCACAACUGACUUAGCCUAUUAUGCUGAGUGCUUUGCUUACAUGUGUGUAUAUGUGUAUAAAUGUGUAUUAUAUUGUUGAAAAUAUGACAGAAUGUUAUGAUUGAAAGAAAAUGCAAAGAGUAUAGAAUUUUAUAUGCUCCAAUGUAGUGCUAUUGAGUAAAUGCUUCAGUCUCUCAGAGGGACAAAAUGCAAGUCUGUGAUUAAUUGUGAAAAUGAUUGAAAUUGCAUUGCUCAUCUUGAGAAAUAUGGGUUGUGCCAUUUCAAUAACAGAUAUUUAAUAUUGUAUGAACGAUUGCACUGUUUUUAGUGCUAUAUGAAUCUGGUUCGAGAUCGGUGCUCUAUGUACCAAGAAUAUGAAUCUGGAAGUUAUAGUUAGUUGUACAUAUCAUGAAUUUCUGAAAGGGAGAUAGAUAGCAAAACCACCUUAUAAUGAACCCAAGUUUCCACACAAGUUCUCAUUCUAAUCGACAGAAAGUUCUAAUAAUUCUGUAUGGGCUCAUUGUAAAGGGGUUUUACUGUAUCAAGUGUGUUACUUCAACUUAAGGAUUUCUACUCCGUGCCAAACAUACUAGUGGAAAGAGAAGAAAGUUCUGAAAUGACUGCAUCAAGUAUACUUCAUGCUUGUGUGGCUUUUAUGUAUGGGAUCUUGAAACUUAUUAAGAAAACAACAUGAAAUUCAUCAGUAUUGAACUUCAGUAUAACCAGCUUAUGGUUGUAAGCUGAGCUCAAAAAGUGUAAAAAAAAAUUAUUUAGUUGAUAGAUGUAAAAAGUUUUGUUGUACAAGUGUAUGUAUAUAAAAGAGUACAUGUGUACUGUGUAUGUCGGAAGCUUUGUAAUAAAUUGCCGUAGAUUAGGUGUAAAUAUUUGCUUGCGAAAGUCUCAAAAGUCGCUAUGUAAAUUCGCUUGUCUGAGUGUUGUUAAAAGUUGUUUGAAAUUGUUUAAUAGGAAUGGAGAUUCAUAUAAAUGAUGGGAGCGAUUGUUGAUGGGGAAGUAUACAAUACAGAAAUCAUGGACCGAAUGAUUGUUGUUUUCAUGUUUUCAUCAGAUGUACAAGUGUGUUUGACUAUAUCACAAGGGAGCGAGAACGUUUUGAUUGCAUGUGAGAUGGUAUCAUUCCUUUCAUUGAACUAUCAGUUGGGCCUAUUUUUUCACGUCAAAUACUCCCCCAAGUAGAUUUAUAUCUUGCUUCUCCAUCAUCAGUUGUGAGAGGCAUGAUCAGUGACAGUUGACUUGAAGGUAAAAAAAAAAAUCUUUUCAUUCACACAUAUCAGCUUUAAACUGCCACUCCAAAACCACACCCCUCGACCACAUCCGCUAUAUCAGGGUAUACUCAAUACAGAAGUGUUCCUCCAAAACCUCUGUCUUAACAUACCAUUUUAACCCGAUCUUUCUGCUUCGGAGUUGCUUCCACAUUGAAUCUCAUGCAUGAUCGCAUAAUUAACAGUUUCAAAUGUUAAUUAUAUUUAUAUACUAUAUACAUUCCAUUUGUAUCGCGCAUUGUACAGUUCAUAGCCAUUCCCAUGCUUUAUCAACCGAGGAGGAACCACAGACUUGUAGCUUCUAAUAUAAGUCUGUGCAUAACAUAACACAUUUUAAACUAUUUUUUCCUUUCCAUGAAUAUUUGGCAUGUCUUGCAAGUAAUUCUGGUAAAAUGCUGAUAGAACAGUGGAAGGUUUGAUAUUAUCCGUGGAGAGAGGAGAGAAAGUGUCUGGUUGUUAACAUGCUAAAAUUUCAUCCAUUGUGAUAGUGAAAGGAUCAUGGAUGUAUUUAUAGGUAAAAGAGGUGCAUAAAUGAUGGUUGAAUGUUGAUGUUGCUUGAAAUAAUCUACAUGAUGUAAUUUCAAUCGACAGAAAAUAAAAUAUAAAAAUAAUGGAA